AUGUCCACCGAAAAUGAAAAGAUUCCUCAAGAGUCAAUCUGCGAAAAGGAUUCGCAAGGAAAUAGCACCCAGGACGAAUCAGACAGAGAAUUGCAAAAGAUCCAGUACCCAGGCAAGGGAGGGACAUUCGAUGCUGUAGAAGGCCACCAUUAUUAUCGCCCAAUUGAUAGCUAUGAAGGCCUUCACAGGUGGGACCCGAACUUUGAGUGGACGGAGGAAGAGGAAAAGAAGAUUGUCCGAAAGAUCGACUUUCGAGUCUGCACAUUUGCUUGUGUGACUUUCUUUGCAUUGCAGCUCGACCGAGGCAAUAUCGGCCAAGCCUUGUCGAGCACGUUGUUGCAAGAUCUGAAAAUGACCAGCAAUGAUUUCAACCUUGGACAAACAAUCUUUCUGGUCUGCUUUUUGCUGGCGGAAAUGCCGUCUCAGUUGCUCUCGAAAAGAAUCGGACCGGAUCGUUGGAUUCCCAUACAAAUCAUUUCUUGGAGUCUGGUUGCAGCCUGUCAGGCCUUUCUAAAGAGCCGGGGGUCAUAUCUUGCUCUUCGCGCUUUGCUCGGGCUGCUGGAAGGAGGAUUCAUUCCCGACACGAUAUUAUUCCUCUCCUUCUUCUAUAAAUCCAGUGAGCUGCCAAAAAGGCUGACCUGCUUUUGGAUAUCCUUUACCAUUGCAGGUAUCAUAGGCUCUUUCCUAGCGUUUGGCUUCCUUCACAUCACAGACUCCAACGGCGGUGGUUCAUGGCGAUACCUCUUCGCAUAUGAGGGAUUGAUCACCGGUGUCAUUGGUAUAAUCGCAGUAUUCUGGAUGCCUGCAUCGCCAGUUCAAACAAAAGGUGGCCUCCGCGGAAAGGAUGGAUGGUUCACAGAACACGAGGAGAAAAUCAUUGUCAACAGAGUGAUCAGAGAUGAUCCCAGCAAGGGCACUAUGCAUAACCGGGAGGCGCUUACCCCAAAGCUCUUUUGGGAGUCGCUCAAAGAUUUCCACAUGUGGCCGGUCUAUUUCCUUGGAUUGAUCUGGAUGAUUCCUACUACCCCAGCAACCAAUUAUCUUACACUUCAGCUACGGUCGCAGGGAUUCACCACCUUCCAGACUAACCUCUUGGUGAUCCCAGCGGCUGUCAUUGCUAUCAUAACGAUGAUCUCCAUUACCUGGAUUGCAGAGCGUACCAAUCAACGGUUGCUAUGUGGGGCAUCUGUGGAAGUAUGGAAUCUUGUACUUCUGAUUGCAUUGGAGUUCCUACCGGAGAAAUCCAUGCCUUGGCAACGAUGGGCUAUCCUAACUCUUCUUGUGGGAGGGCCUACUAUCCAUCCUGUUGUGGUGGCUUUGACUUCUCGGAAUGCUGGAUCUGUCCGAACUCGCACCGUUGCUUCUGCGCUGUACAAUAUGUCCGUGCAGAUCAGCGGUAUUGCAGGGGCUAAUGUCUACCAAACGAAAGAUGCCCCGUACUACAAGCAUGGAAACAGAGUGCUCAUUGCAUUGGCUGUAGUGAGCGGCGUGCUAUUUGUCGCCGCCAAAGUCUACUACGAUUGGUGUAAUAAGCAAAACUCCACCAAGUGGAAUGCCAUGACAAGCGAACAACGCGAGCUAUAUCUCCUCGAACACCCGGAGCUCACCAACAAAAGGUACCAAGACUCCCGAAGUUACCCCAGCUAA